AUUAAUUAAUUAAUACACAUAUAUAUGAGAGCCAUGAAAAAAGUCGACUCCAAAGGCAAGUCGUCCGGAUUUUUUCGGGGAAUGUUCGACAAUAUCCGGUCGACUGUUCCCAGAGAGGGAUCUAAAGGAUCGAAAUCCGAGUACGAAGUGGAGGAGACACUCAAACCCGACCAGUUUCAGGUCACUCAGAUCGUAAGGCAUGGCUUUCCCCAUCAGCCGACAGCCGUAGCCUUUGAUCCGGUCCAGAGACUGAUAGCUAUUGGCACCAAAACGGGUUCACUGCGUAUACUGGGCCGACCCGGUGUCGACAUACAAGUACAACACAUACCGGCCUACGCUGUAAUGCAGAUCAUAUUUAUGGUAAACAAUGGCCAACUGUUAUCGGUUUGUGCCGACGAUAGCAUACAUUUGUGGAGUUUGACGGCUAAGCCGCCGGAAGUGAUCCAUACAAUCAAGUUUCAAAAAGAAAGGAUAACCUACUGUCAUCUAACCUUCCAAAGCAAAUGGCUAUACGUGGGCACCGAGAGGGGCAAUGUUCAUGUGGUCAAUGUAGACACACUGCAACUGUCCGGCUAUUUAAUCAACUGGAAUAAAGCCAUCGACUUAUCACGUAAAACACAUCCCGGUUCUAUAGUACACCUAUCCGACUGUCCCAUCGAUUCAAACAAACUGUUACUGGGCUACGAAUCGGGUUGUAUAGUACUAUGGGAUCUCCGUAGCAAAUCGGCCGACUGGCGGAUCUACUAUCACGAGUCAAUGAAAUCGAUUAGCUGGCAUCACGAUGGYCGGCAAUUUAUUGCCAGCCAUACCGACGGCAGUGUUACCACAUGGUCGGUCAGAGGUGGCCAGAAACCAGUUGCGGCUAUUUGGCCACAUUCGAAAGCGCCCAGUGAUAUGAAACCCGAACCGUGUCGGCCAAUCUAUAAGGCCGAAUGGCGUACCGUUCGGACGGGCGAACCCUAUAUUGUCUUCUCUGGCGGUCUUCCCGUACAUAAUAGCGGCAAUUCUGGCGGUGGUGGUUCGGCAGCGGCCAAAUCUGCARCGGCGGCGGCGGCGGACAGUAGUAAUAGCAAAACAAACGGUUCCCAAAGUUUGACAGUAAUUCACGGAAAGGCUACCACUGUAUUGGAAAUGGAGGAUACAAUCAUCGACUUUAUUACACUAUGCGAGUCGGCCUACGAGUCCGACUUUAACGAUCCGUACGCUAUUGUGGUGUUAUUGUGCAACGAUCUGGUUGUUGUCGACCUGUUAAGUCCCGGGUAUCCAUGCUUUCAUAAUCCCUAUUCAAUGGAUAUACACGAAUCACCCGUUACCUACUGUUACUAUUUGGCCGACUGUCCUACCGAUCUGGUCUAUGCGUUCCUUACUGUUGGCCGCAAAACUAACAAACCGUCUGGAUUUUCCGAUAAAGAGUGGCCAAUCAAUGGCGGCGAAUGGGGUAACUCAACGGUCAGCUACCCGGAGCUCAUUAUAACCGGUCAUGCGGACGGUUCGCUCAAGUUUUGGGACGCAUCGUCAGUACAUUUGCAUCAAUUAUAUAAACUGAAAACAUCAAAACUGUUUGAAAAGCCAAAAGUGGUYAACAAAUCGGCCGGUGAUUUGUCUGCCGGUGCCGAGUCUGGGGUCGGCCUACAAGAAAAUGACGACCCGUUUGCCAUCGAACAGCUAACCUUCUGUACGGACACCAAAUACCUGUGCAUUGCUGGCGCCAGUUCUCAGGUGAUUGGCUUCAGGUUUAGCAAACAUGAGACACAUACGGAAAUACCGAUGAUUGAAGUUCCCAUGAAUUACGAGGACUCGUUAUCAGGUGAUGGCGGCGCCGACAAUGAGGUGGCCUGCGGUGCCAGUGCACUGUUAACCCAGUCAUCCAACGACAGUCACGAUACAUGCGGUGCCAACAGUUAUCUAUUGCGCGUGAAGUCUGGCCAUCAUAAGCGGGCGCCCGGAUUUCAGGCCGAGUUUGUGUGCCUUAGCCCGUGGAUUGACAGCCAGACGCCGCCAUUCCGUAUAACAUCCCUAUGCGUCAACUCAUACGCUAACCUGAUUGCCUACGGAACGGAAAACAGUCUCAUAAUCAUCGAUACGAUCCAAAAGUCGGCUGUGCUUAAUGUGUCGACCAGUAAUCUAUACGGUGCAGCCGAUCCCUAUCAGCGAACGGCGAGGUCAAUGAAAAACAGGUCGACAGCAGGUGCUGGCGGUCAGCAGCAGUCAAAUCGGGACACAUUUGACGGCAAUCAAAGCGAUGCCGACCGGACCCGUUCGCCAACUUCUGAUCAGUAUGAGGAUAGCCGAUCGCUAGCCGCCGACCAGUCAGUACCCAAUACCCCCGUAUCGCCGACACCACCACCACCGCCCACACCUACCGAUCCUACAUUUUCUAUGUGUUCCGUCAUUCCUCCCAUUCCACCGCCGAGACUAAAGCGCAAGACUACUACUACUACAACAACAACAACCAGUUCGUCGUCAAACGUUUCGUCAAGCGAUACGACAUCCGUCAAGAGUGUCCAGAGUUGCGAUGAAGUCACUGAACACACGCUUAUGGAGGAGAAGGAGGAGGUGACUGAUGAGGGAGAUAGAGAUAAUACUAAUAAUAUGGCCGAUACCGAUGCUGCGGUAAAUUGCCAACAACUACUCACAGACAGUAUUACCGCCGAAGCAAUUGUCGAGAUUAAUAGCGGCGACCAAACUAUUAGUUUUGCUAAAGUUGGCGAAACCUCACCGACGACACCACCUGUGCAAACAAGUGAUGGUCAGCCGUCAGAGUCGUCAUCGUCUCCGCCGACGACGACGACCAUCAGUCAGAGGCCUAAAGACCUGAAUCUCGAUUCAAUCCGAAAGACCAGCAAAACCGAUGAAUGUCUAGUCAGCAAAAACUUUAGUCAACCAACCAGUCCUUCAGCCGACGAUAGCGACACAACCAGCACAACCACUCCAGUGUCAAGUGCUAUGGCCAGUGAGCUAUCGUCACCAGUCAGUGAUACAAACUGUGAUCAACAAAAACAGCACAUGAGAAGCGCCAAACUCAGCCAAAUCAAAGUCAACAACAACAGUAGCGGCAGUACAGCAGCAGCCGAUGCCAAACAACAGAGAGCCGCAGCACCGGUAUCUCAUCAUCAUUUGCACCAUUAUCUCCAUAAAAGCAAACACAAGAUUAAAGUCUACGAUAUGAGACAUGAAGACUGUGACGAAUCAUUGGUUUCCCGUUUAAUUAAUAAAAUCGACAGCUCAUUCUCCCGGAGCCGGAGCUCCAGUAUCUCAAGCCUCGAGAACAUUACCAUCGAAUCGAUACUUUAUAUGGCUUUUGCCGAAACCUACUGUAAUAAGUCAGACUUAACUACCAGUCCAUGUCUUUGGGUGGGAACCAGUCUCGGGUCGGUUCUAGUGAUAUCAUUGACAUUGCCUGACAGCGCCGAUAAUCGCAUACUAUGCCUGCAAACGGUUAUUGCCGUUCCCAGUGGAGGUAUAUAUCGUCUAAAGGGAUCAAUACUUUGUAUAUCGUUUCUGGAUUUUACGGGAGCCGUACAACAGCUGAACGCCGACGCCUGGAGAGACAGCUCAUCCACCAAACCGGGUAAUACUACGCCCGGUUCGACCGCAUCRUCGGACAGCAAACGUAAUCCGGGUGGCGGUGGCGGCAGUCUGUCCAUUACGCGGACAGGCAGCAGCAGUGGCGGUCCCGGUACGCCUACCGGUAUCGGUGGCAGCGGCGGCAGCAGUAGUGGUCGCAACAAUAAGGUAUCGCCGACGUCUUCCUCCACAGACAUGCGUGACCCGCAGUUUGUGGUUAUGGUUUCCGAGAAACAGAUCCGUUUGGUGACACUUCCGCAGCAAACGUGCGCCUAUAAGGCAACGCUCACCGAAACGUCGUUUGCCGUUAGGGCCGAUGUUGUCUAUAUGAGAAGCGCAGAUAGCAUAUGUUUGGCCGUGUAUUUAGGCACCGGUAAUAUAGUAGUAUAUAGCCUUCCAUCGCUUCGGCUGCUGAUUGAUAUCGAUUUUCUGGCUCUAACUGAUGUCAGAUAUAUUUCCUAUUCAUCUCCCAUUCCCGCCAAAAACGAUAGGAUUGCCCGCACAAUAUGUUUCAGUGCCAACGGUCACGGGAUGUAUAUGUCGUCGCCGUCGACUCUAACAAAGUUUACAAUAUUAUCGUCGUUUCGGUCGCUGGUGGCCGACAUGACUGGUACACUGUUUACAGCGGCCAAAGAACUACCCGAACCGCCAAAACCGACAUUUUUGAAAAGUUUGUUCGGCGGCGGUUCGGGUACACUGGACAGAGAGGAACUGUUCGGUGAAACCAAUUCGGGUAAGCCAUCGAAAACAACGGCCCGACACAUACCYGGAGCGGCUGCCGGUACCGAACAAUUGAGACAACAGGCCAAUGUAUCGUCUAAUGAGAUGGCAAGGCUGCGUGAGGUCCUGUCCGAGCGCGGCGAAAAAGUUGCCCAAUUGGAGGACAAGACUGCGGCCAUGCGGUCAGAUGCCGAAGCAUUUGGUUCGGCAGCACAUCAGGUGAUGUUGAAGUACAGGGACAAGAAAUGGUACCAAUUUUGAGACACAGACAGACAGACAUACAGACAGUUGUGUCUAAUUUUUUGAGAAACGCGCAAAUCAUCCAAAUAAAAAAAAAUUUGUUUUGUAUCGUUGCCAUCAACUAAUCAAUUUAGUCAAUCAAAUCAAAUCAAUUAAUUAAUUCACACACAAACAAUACAUAUACUGUUCAAUAGUUUUACAGUAUACAUCAAAUUACAUAUAUAUACGCAAACACAUAGCCUACCUGUGCUGGAUGAUGGACACAGUAGAGAGAGAGAGAGAGAGAGAGAGAGAGAGAGAGAGAGAGAGAGAUUGAAUAAUUAAAAUAAAAUCUAUUGUCUAAACAAUUGUUCAAAAAUUAUCACUUGUUGGGCAAAUUACAUACAAACAACAAAAUAUUAUACAUUUAUAUUGCGAUACUAUAUUUGAAUCUUUAGGUCAGUUGACUGUGUCGUCGGUGUUGUUGUCAAACACCACUAUUAUUAUCAUUAUUAUUGCAGUCAUCGUCGGUAAUCAUUUGCCAAUCAUUUUAAUUGGUAAGACAUCGACACGAUCUCUCUCUCUCUCUCUCUCUGUUUCAAUCACUCCCGAGAGGUGACCUAAAAGACACCAACAAACAAACAAACAAACAAAUUAAAAAAAU